UUAGCUAGAAGUUGCUGCUGAGGCAACAAAGUUGGCUGCUGCGUGUCAGUGUUGUUCAGAUAUCAACAGUGUUUUUAGACAUAGGAUUAAUUUUAAACUCACCAUGUCUUGGGUCAAAGCUGUGUCGGGUAGCGUAGAUGUGUUUGACGAGGAUGGGGACGAACUCAGUCUGCAAAGUAGAGAGUGGACCUCCAACAUGAAGAAGCGAAUCAGGGACGGGUAUGUGGACGGAGUUGAUGCCGGAGAGGAGGCCUCGCUGCAGGUCGGGUUUAACCUCGGGUUCAGGGAAGGAGCGGCUCAGACUGUAGCUGUGGGUCGACUCAAAGGGAUUGUAAGUGCUAUAUUGUGCUGGUGCCAGAUCCAACAUCCGGGAAGCCCCUUCCCAGCCUCGCUGACUGACCUCCUGCAGCGGGUUUCACAGCAUGAGGACACAAUCAAAGAGGGCAUCAGGAGGGCUUUGGAGAAUCCUCCUCCCAGUGUGAGCAGUGUGUCUGAGAGCAUGGAGGAGCUGCAGGUAGAGCAGGCGGGUCCAGACUGCUGUGGAGGACAGGGGUGUAAAGAAACAGACUGCUGCAGGAAAGGAGAAAAUAUGGAUGUGGACGUUCCUCACCAGCAACAAAAGCUCCGCUCUGGUUCCACUGACUGCUCCUCCAACUCAAACAUGAACGACCUUGUGCAGCACUGCAUGGAUCUAGUGUCAGAGCUCAGACUGCCGCAGGAGCUGAUCAGUCACAUACAGGAGCUGAAGAAUUUGUAGUGACUGAAAAUUAGCAUCGCAGUGGUGCUGGACGAUACUUGGACGGACACAUGAACUAUGAAUUAAAACAGGUUUUACUGUAAAUUCCUUACAGGGAAAUGAAGUGCUUUUGAUGUAAAUAAUGUAAAAUAUAGUUUUGCAGUUAUGAUUUGUAUAAAAUGGUUCAAGAGUGUUUGAAAAUAAAAAUGGAUUUGCUAUUUUCA